GACGCAUCCUCCGCGCAGUGGUGGAAGGAACAUCUCCUGCAUCGCAGUCCGGCACAACAGAGAAGAGUGAAUCCAGUUCGACCGUAAACUAACGACAGAGACGCUGACAUGUGGAUUUACACUAUUCUUCUCCCUCUUUUCGUCGUUUCUUGUUCUGGUAAGUUUGACUGUAAUUAUUUGUACAGCUGCUCGGGUUGCAUGCGCGCCGGAGCUGCUUCUGAACGCAAAACAAGGCUGUCAAACGGACUGAAGAGAGGCUUUAUUAAUGUCACUUUUUCACAUUGUCUCGUGUGGUGUUACUACCGUAUCUGUAAAGCAGCAGACUUUAUGACCAGCGGGACAGUGCGGUUAUCCUCUUACAAAUGACCAUGCUAUCACUUUAAAAAGAUGGUGUUAAAGGGAUUUCUGCCUGUCUUAUAUUGGUCAUUCUUGAAAGAAAUAGUCAUCUUAUGAGGCUUUAGACAAUGCAUACGAUUGAUGUGAUUAUCGAUCCAGCAGGUAUACUUUUUCUAAUCUCAGUUGUUCUUACUACUGCAUUUCUGUCCGUGCCAAAGCGCAUUACGCUGCAGAGGCACGUAUCCAGUCACGUAAGCCUUUCCCAACUGAUCAAGAGAUGAACAAAUAGAUCUAUAAAGUUAAUGGACACAGCUCAUUGUCUCGCAAUGUGACCCUCGUUAAUCCCUAUUGAAAGUUCAGCCAUCCUGUGGUCCUUACAGCACGGGAUUUUGCGCCUCAUUGCGCCUACAGGCGCUCAAGCAGGGAAACUGCCCAGCUGGUCAACUCAAGUUGAGGAUCGGACACCUCUGCUCCUCUGAGAUCACCCCUCCACUGAAAUGCUGGAUAUAAACUAGCAGGUCUGGUGGUGGUAAUAUGAUCUGGUGGUCGUUGAUUUUUUUUGGAAAUGAUUCCUAGAAACGACACCUUUCCAGGAACCCCUCUAUCAGCAUCAGCAUGCGGUGGAGUUUUUCAGAGUUGAUAAAAGCUCUUGAAUCGGCUUGAGUGCAUAAAGGCUGAGUUUACAAAGUAAGUAGGAGGAGGAUAAAUGAGGAGGAGGAGGAGGAGGCCUGAGUUUACUGCCUAAAUGUAAAUGUCUAACUGGCUCUGUUUCUGCAGAGAUGCAGAUGACCGAUUCAAACUAACACUCAGAGGAGCACUGAUUACCCUCUAUGUGUGUGUGUGUGUGUGUGUGUGUGUGUGUGUGUGUGUGUGUGUGUGUGUGUGCCUGGGUUCCACUGGGUGCACUGAUGAAUGACUGUGCAUCCCAUUAGGUGCUGUAGAUUAAUGACAGUUUAAGGGGACUAAUUCACACAUUGUAAUGCUGUUCCUGGGUGUUCUCAGUCUAGCUGUGCUCAUUAACAGGAUAAGUCGACUGCUUUCCAAGUCACAGGCAAGAGUUUUGGUACAUUUUUACUCCUAUGAGUCAUAAUAGUAAUCGCACUUGAGUUAUAGCUUGCAAAAAAAAAAGAAGCAAUUUAUCUCCCUUUAAAAUGUCUAAUGUGUUUAAUGGCUGUGUGAUUUGAUGGUGUUUCAGAGGGCAGGAGAAAUGCCCUUCAGGACUACCAGAAGACCGAUGCCACACGACUGGACUCAGUGACCCUUGAUUCCUCCCACUUGACCAAAAGCAGGAAGCUGAGCAUGGCAAAGUGCGCCAAAGCCUGCAGCCGCAACAAGAGACUCCCCUUCAUCUGCAGGUAAGUCUGCAAGCUACACGGUUCGUCUCCUGCACUAAAGACAGUCAGUGUUCAGAGGAUUCAUGGUUUGUUGUCCGUCUGGUUCAGCUGGCUGCUUAACUGCUUUGCAUGCCUGUGAGUGUUUCAGCGAAAGACAUCAAAAGCUAACUGAUCUUUAUGUAUUUCACUUUCCCUCUAAUCUAUCAUCCUUCUUUUUUCUCCAGAGCAUUCCUGUAUGAUCAUAAAAACAGGAAAUGCCAGUGGCUGUCGUUUGACAGGAACUCACCGGGAGCUCAGAUCCAGCAAGACUUCAACUUUCAGCUCUAUCAAAAGAAAGGUGUCCUUCAUAGUUCCACCUUGUUUUCUCCGCUCACACAUACUCGAGUGUUGUCCUCUCAUGUCUGACAAAUAUCCUCACACAGUCUUUCAGUCAGCAGGUUGGCUUUAGCAAACUACUUGUUUGUUUUAAAGGAUGUAGACAGAUUUCAUGUCUGUAUAAACGCCUGCUCUCGGUCUGAUUGAAGCCUUUUAAUGACAGCUUCCCCCAACAGGAAGACAAGGAAGGGCAAGGACAUUUGUCGUGUUUAUUGCGUCGCCCCACAUUACAGCCCAUUUUCUGUCAUUACGUGGUGUUUGUUUAAACGCUGUAAACCCCCACCCCUCUCCACUCCGAAUGACCACAACAGCGAACAUGCGAGCUGUACAGUCUCUCUUUUACUGGAUCCAAAUGUUCAGCCGAAGAUUAAGAAAACAGAUUUUUCUUUUGGCAUUGUCUCGUCCUUGUUAAGCUCAGCAUCGAGGCUGAACAUCUUUGUCUCUGUUUUCUUCAUCAUCCCUGUCUUGGCUUAGUGUAGACAACAUUUCACGCAGGUUGUUUUGCUCAUCCCCCUCACUCUUUUUUACUGACAAUUUGUCUCCCCUCAACCUCAAUUUUUCAGACUAUGUUCGGGAGUGCAUAGUGGGUACAGGUCAGAGCUACAGGGGGCGGAGGUCGGUGACAGUGAGCGGGAUCCUGUGCCAGGCGUGGGCCUCUCCUUUCCCUCACGAGCACAAGUAAGAACUUGAUGUGCAUUUUACCACAUGUCAAACAAAGUCGUGUUAAAAGCUGCUUUUUAUCGUAGGCUCUCGCUGGUUUGUGAUACAAUUAGCAAGUAGCUAGGGGCUAGCAUCUAUGAUUAUUAUAUAUUAGGGGUUGAUUAGGCUCUGGGGAGCAGUCAUUCAUCAGAACUGACCUCAUUGCAGAGUCACAGACCAUUCCCCGCUGCAGCCCUACUGUUUAUCUUGGUGCCUGUGUUGGUCUCUGUGUGUGUUUUGCUGGGAUUAUGAUCUUAUUUAAUAUGCAGCCUAUGGUUAAGCUGUAGGUAUCCCACAUGUAAAAGCCCAGAUAGAGCUCUUACCUAAAUAUGCAGGAAUCCUGUCUGAUACUGUUUAGCUCCCAGUAGAAGAAAAUGAACCAAUUAAAAGGUUUAAAAACAAAAGACUGAAGGGAAGCGCUGCUUUCUGUUGGAUAACAAAAGUUGGAUUAGCAAUAAUCUUAAGUAAAUGCCCUUUAAGCUACAAAAUAAAUGCAUGUAUCCCUCACUAGAACAUCUAAAAAAAUCUAUUCAGACAUUUUGUUUGGCUUAAUGUGAAAGAAAACACAACAUAUGCCAGCUUAAUAACUAUUUUUAAAGUAAUUAACACACUGUAUUAUCUUUUUCCAUCAUCUCCUUGAAAAAUAGUACCCAAGGUGCUAUUUUAGAAGAUGCUGAUUGAAAGGACACUUAAGAGAAACUGCAGCUUAUCAUGUCCCAGCUUUCACCAACCUUAGACCUGACACACACACCUCAUCAUAGACCUUUAUACUCUUAGAGGCACUACUUCUUCCAACACUCCCCUUUCCUCAGAGGUAUUAAAUGACUCUGAGAGGCUUUGUAGUUUGAAGUCCCUUCAGCAGACAAAUCAAGCAAGGCCGUGUACAUUUGUACCUCCAGUGAACCUUCUUUAUCAGCCGCUAUUAGCAUCUCUGUAGAUCAGGUAAUUAAACCCAGGCUCUUUGUGUGUUUUAUCAGUCACUGUACAGGCAUGGGAAACUCUCUCUCUCACACACAUCCCUGCAUACACACCAGAACAAAUUGCGUUUUUAUCAGUGAAAGGUUUCUCCUCUUUUCUCUACCUGUCAUUAGCCACUCCACUGAACAUCUACCUCAGAACUUUAUCUUUUCAUCAUCAUGGGGAUAAACAUAGUUCGACUAAAUCAUCACCGCUGCGGACUACGGCCAUGUGCUCGCCUGAUGUAGAAGAUAUGAGUCAGUGUUUACACCACAUUCAGAACCUGCCUCAUGGAAAACUAACAUUGCUUCAACUUAUUAACCCGGUUUCUUCAACUGAACAACAUGUCAUGUCUGGUUUGAUGUACGAGAUUUGCCAUUAAUUUCUUAAAGACUUGUUACUUGUCUCUGGUCAUGUCAGCAGGCAGGUUUUAGCCAUCAGCGAACAGCAGCAGCUCUCACAAAAUGCGUAGGUGAUUCGUCACUCUGCCAGAGAUAAAAGACAACACAAACUGUGGCCUUGGGUGUUUUUCAAAAGGAGGUUUCUCUGCAUGCUAGCUGAAGUACUUGGCAAGCGGUCCUGGUACAUGUGUCUGUUUGUGUAACUGCUGCUCUGCUUCUGACAGAUUCACGUCCAAGAGAUUCAGAAAGAAGGACCUCAGAGAGAACUACUGUCGCAACCCGGACAACUCCACCGUCGGCCCCUGGUGCUUCACCACUGAUCCCAGGCCACACCUCAGACACCAGGAGUGUGGCAUACCACAGUGUUCGGAGGGUAGGCGACAUACACACGUAAAAGCAUGCAAAUGCAUCUACAUCCAUCUGAGAGACCGUUUAUCUAAAAAUAAUGCCCGUUUCAAAUUGCAAAUUGCCUCUCCAAUCGAGGCUUGAUAGUCUGAAAUGAGCUGCAGCAAAUUACACAAUCACAUGGUGCUUUGGAUGAAGCAACCUGGCUCUAACUGUGCUCUGGUCUACAUCUGUGUGUGUGUGUGUGUGAGGUACAGAUUUUCUUUAUUUGCAGAGGCCAGCUGCAGCUGUUUCCAGGUGUGUGGUUCAGUUUAAGCUGUCCUCUCUCAUUCCAUCAGGUUCAGGGUUUGUAAGUGGUUUGAACCUAAAGAGACUGGAGCCAGAAAGCUGAAGGAUAUUUAUCCCCUGUCGUCUCGUAUAGAUAAACUGUUAGCUGUUUCAUUUAUGCUCGUGGCACACAGAGAAGGAAACAGUUGAGUUAUGGUUCUGUUCAAGUAAAACUUAGAUAUUUACUUUCCCAGGGGUGUUUCUGCCGUGUUGUUACAUCCCACUCGCAUGACUGUCAGGGACUGAUGUCUCCCUGAAAAAGGGGGCGAUAAGGACCCCUGUUAUCUAAUCCCAGAGGAUCCGUGCUGUCAGAAGGGCUGUUUCCUCUGCAUGUUUGACAGUGCAUCAUGCUAAUGAGGAACCGGACGGUGGUUGGAUAAGACAGGAUGGAAAGUCGACUUGUCCUCAGGCUCCUGCAUGUGUUUUUUACCAGGUUAUCACAAGUUGUGACACAGGCAGUGACUUUUUAUUAUGAUAGAAAGUCGAUGAGAAUUAAAUACCCUGAGGCAUUUCUCCAGAAAUUAGUCAGCCCUAAAAGAAAACACACACAGACACGCAAACAUGGCGUGGGCAAACACACAAGUGCAAGAAGCCAGUGGUAUUAAAUGUGCUUUGUCAUGACGGCAGCGGACUCACAAACAUCUGGUUUUAAUCCACAUGCUCUCUGUUGUUUACACUAGACCCUGUGUACUACUCACCUCGCAACAAAUGGUGCCCUUUCCACAUCAAAGAGAUCCAUGGCUUCAUUAGUGCGGCAAAUUAUCUGUCCUGCCAUACAUUUAAGUGUAUUAUUUUCUGUCUGAGCUUUAGGGGGUUCCUUCAAGUCUUUACGAAGGCCUUUAUUAUGACAUGUUACAUGAUGGUUUGAUGGAGGAACAACAGGACCUUAAAUGUACAUAAGUUGCGGGCUUGUGCAAAGCUUGUCACUCACCAUACUAAUGAGACGGUUGUGGUUUAUUUUCAUUUUCUUCUCAACCAUAAUGUUAAAUAACAGUUUAAAAAUACCUUUAAUUCAUGUUGAUUUUGGCCGCUGUAGAAAACACAGUACUACUUCAGGCUUUUCGAAUAAUUUCCCGUUCAUGCAAAGUAAUAUCCACCAGGAAAAACACUCUCCUGCGUCUCUCAGGCCUCAUGCCAUGAAAGACCUGCCUCACUUGAAGGUUUUAAAAGUUUGACAGACGUUAAAAAUGGGGAAGACCACGCACAUGGUGACAAAUAAUGACCGAUUUUAUAGUUUUGUUCAAAUAGUGUGUGGAGAGCAACAGGUUAGCCAACACAGCACAGCUCACACUAACAGAUCAUGUUUACCGAAAAACCAAAUCAGUUUUAGAAUAGAGUGCUGCUGCUCAUCCCUAAUGGGCCGCUCACAUCAAGCACAAGUAAAAUCAACUACUCACUUAAUUUGCGCAAAUCUAGACGCAUGAAUGAAUAGUAUUUACCUGCUUCAUUUGUGUGUCAAUGGUAAUUUCAACGGGAGAAUCAAGUGAUAGACAAAUGUUUUUAACAAUUUACCUGGUAAUUCGACUCCUCACUCAAUUGCCUCGCAGUGAGCUCCUUUUUAUUUCCAGUUUCGGUAAUUGAAAGAAAAGAUAUCAUAUAAUUCGGGGCAUCCACACACUGACACGAUAAGUUUGUCCUCCAUUUUAGAAUAAGAAUAAGAACUUUAUUAAUUGAAAUUCAAUUACACUAGUGCGUGUAAGAGGGACUUCCUUUUAGAUACCAGUGAGCAACCAUACGGUUUCAUAUGUCACCCAGCAACCUUCAUGCUGAUUAGCUAUCGUGACGCGAAUAUCUGCUCAAGUUGAGACAUUUUCAGCUCCGUCCAAUUUGCAUCAUUCAUGCCGCCAGAGUAGUAGGAGCGUCUAAUUGGGUCUUUGCAUCAACUUUGCACAAAGUCUUUUACUCGCACUUGGUGUGUGGAGAGAGACAGUAACAGGAGUCUUAACUUUUGCCGUCUUUACCUGCAGUAUAAAGUAUAGUGUUAUAUUGUGUAAAAGACAAUACAUGUACAUUUAAUUUUAACUUUCUGUGACUGAGCUUGAGACACAAUAAACGUAAUUUUAAACAUCUUCAGAAAUCAUAUAUGGAUGUGUAAGUAAGUCUGUUGGCCUUUUUUCACAAAGUUUAUGAUAUAAUGUGCAGCUCCAUCUGUUCCCUCUCCUUCGCUUGUGUUUCUCGACCUCUCCAUGAUGCAGUUUUCAGAUGGAAGGGGGCAGAACAGUUAAGUAAAAGUAGGAGAGAGAUUUGAUGUGAAAGCAGAACACAGACUUAGAGAUCCAAAAUAAUAGUAUAACUGUAUAAUUCAAAAAGUCAAUUGUUUAUACUGUAGAAUACACUGCCAUGAUAUUAUAUAAAUUCCUGUAUUUCUUUAUAUUGCAAUAUCUACUGCAGCAAAGGAAGAAUCAGGCAAGCCUUAGUCCAAAGUUCAAUUCUGAAAACUGCCACACUCCAUGACCAACCAAUCAAAACUGAGAAGGGGUGAAACCUCUUAUGUCAACUUUGUCGACUAUAGCAGAGGUCCAGAAGAAACAAACAACUCUCGUCUUUAAUUUGAAGGUCCAGAUUACUUGAAUCAAUAAAAAUAUGAACAAUAAAGCUUUCUCAAACAUCAAAUCAUCAGCCCUGUCUGUUAUAACCUAGCAAGUGUCCAUCAAAUAGAAGCACUCUGAACUUGAGGUUGUGGGAGCGGUCAGCCUAAAGAACUGUUAGUGGAUACAGGCUAUCACACUGCCGUAUAGAAAACUCUCCAGGGAAAUAAAGACUCUUUAAUCAUACAAGCUUUAAACUGCUGCCCUGAUGACAAAGCUGACAGGCUUUAAAAAUACCUUUAUCCAGCAGUUGGUCUGGCUUGCUCUCAUAGGUCAUCCAGAGCCACUGAAUGUUUCUCAGAAUCAGUUAAAAGUUCUGCCAGCAUGUUUGAGUGAUGAAAGCAAUGUGUCAGUAACACAGUGAAGUCAGGAAAAUGAAUUUUUUUGGUUGAUUUUGUGUUUCUCUAAGAUGUUGCUUUGUUUGUGUGUGUGUGUGUGUGUGUGUGUGUGUGUUAUUGCUGUGUAGUUGAGUGCAUGACCUGUAAUGGGGAAGAUUAUAGAGGACCGAUGGACCACACAGAAAGUGGAAAAGAAUGCCAGCGCUGGGACCUGGAUGGACCACACAAACACCUGUACCACCCCAAGAGGUAUAAUACACAAACACACACACACAUGCUUACACACUCACAUGCAUCUGUGUCUCACUCCAUGCUGCAUGCUAAAUCACUUUAAAGGCCACACAUUGAGAUAUAUCUACUUAAACAGCAAAGACGACUUACUGUAAUAGCAAGUUGUCCAAGUAAGGCUGUGGUGCUCUUACUCAGCAGAUAAAGCGAGCUGGAGUCUUCCCCCUGAAGGGAUGCCACCACAGUCCACAAUGUAAUUGUGUGUUUUUAGCAGUUGCAGCAGGCCAGCGCUUUGCUGGGAAAACUCCUCAAUCCAACUUAAUUGGGCCAAAUUCCUUUAAGCUCACUGAGAAUUAGAAAGCAGACUAGAAUCCCGCCAUGCUUUAAGCUUAUGCGCAUUUAAGGAUAGCUAUAUAUAUAUGAACCUGCUUUAGUAUUCUUUUACAUGAUCUCUAUGUGUGUGUGCAAUGUCAAAAGAUUGCUGCAGCCACUCAUCUGACAGGUGGUCUGGAUUAGUGGGGAAUCGUUAACACAUUCUUAAUCAUCCUAGUGUUUGUGUGAACGAGGUCCCAGACUGCUCAUAGCACUAAUGUAAUGAGAGGGUCCCACAGCCUGAUGCUGCACGCCCCGGGGCAGGGGGCCUGGAGGGAUGUGGGAUUUUUGGGUUGACUUACAGUAGAACACCUGUAGUUGUGCUGCCUAUUAUCUCCCUCUCUCCCCGAGCUCUGAGCAAAUUCACAGAUGGGGUCCUUGUUGCACCAUUCCAGUUGUUAAUGCUUCUGUUGCAUGCAAUGGUGAAUUAUCCCCACAUUCGGCACCGUCCUCCUAAGGAUUCAGAUGAAAAAUGGAGAGAAAAUUCUCUUCUGAUGACCGAAUCAAUAAUGAGACUUUUGAGUAUUUUCUGUCACUUUUACUUAUCUUCACACUGGGGUUAUUUCAUGGACUGCACCACAGUGUUAUACUAUCUCUGUGCUGUUUUUUGGCUCAUAUUUAACUCCUAAAAUUGCUCUACUGCGUGUUUCACAUCAGGUAUCCGGAUAAAGGCCUGGAUGACAACUAUUGUAGGAAUCCAGAUGGACGCCACAGACCCUGGUGCUUUACCACUGAUCCCAACACACCUUGGGAGUACUGCGACAUCAAAGUUUGUGGUAGGUGUGCACGUGUGUGUAUUUGAAAUGCAUGUUAAGUAGAAAUCUGUGUGUGUUUAAAAGUGGGUGUGUUUGUUUUUCGUUCUGGCAAAUGAAGUGCAACCGACUGCAUCACAAUUUACAACUUCCUGCACCUUAAAUUUACCACCCCUCUUCCAGUCAUUGGCGAGACUAUUGAAUACACACAUAGGCACGCACACCAACACAGAGAGUCCCCCCCCUUGAGUUCGGCUCUCUGUUAUGUCGUCUCUAAUAGCCAGAAUGUUUAUUUUCCCCCUACGCCGCUGGCCUGCUGUUUAUUGUUUUAUGCCAGCUCUUAUGUGCGGGAGUUAAACUGCAGAGGGCUCAGGGACUGCUCCACAUUAACCUCCUGUUACAUGCACAGACACAACACCGGGGUCAUACACACUACACACCACUGGCAGAUUGCUUUCAUUUCACCUCUUUUUAGGUGAUUGAUGUGUAAGCGCUCUGUGUAUGUGCUUCCAUACACUUGUAGUAAAGCAGCAGAUACAGUACGCACUUAGCUGACCUAUAAUCAGUGAUGAGUCACUACAACAGCCACUAUGGUCCUGCAGGACAUAAAACAGAGAGUUCACUGGUGUUAUUGUUGGGCUUAGCUUCUCUCUCCUGAGUGGAUGACUGGCCUGUCUGCCUGCUACAAUCAUCAGCAGUCUUGGCACAAUGUUUACUAGAUGGCACUCCUCCAUGUGGACCCUGUGAUUCACUGCACCCCCCCUGUUUUUUCCCCCCACUAAAAAACCGUCUCCCACCCCACGCUGUCUCCAUCUCUCCCUUUCUCUCUUUCGGUCUCUGAUAUGGGAGUUUGUUGGGCACAGACCAAGUUUACGACCCAGUAAGUCUUAAUCAAAACAAGGCACAGAGGGGAGAGAGAGGGAGACAAAGUGUUCUUUUGUCAAGACUGGCUGCGUUGUUUACUGUCACAACCAGUGCAUGUCUAUUUUUAGACAUAUUGUAUUGGUAGAAAAUGUCUGGUUUAGAGUGUUGACAGUAUGCUGCUUAACACAUACAGUAGUUGGAAACAUUCAUGCAUGAGGUUCAGGCCAAUGAACUCAAGUAAUCUGCGCAUAAUGAGCAUCCAUUGUAUCCAAUAUAACAGUGGAGCUGAUCAAACUUUUGCCUUUUCCAGCUCAUGUGUCGAGAUGGUGGGAGUAGCAGCUUUCAUGAAAAUGCAUAAACACGCCCUGCAGGUUUGAACAAACCGGAGUUUUCAAGUCAAAUGAUUCUGGGCAUCAGUCCUGAUCUGAGCGAAUUGAUUGUUACAGUUUGGACGGCUGAGUGAUGACAUUUUGGAGAUAAAAUCAAGCACUGUGAUUUUUUUUUACUUCCAGAAUGAGGACUUGUGCGUUAUGUUUUUGAGUGGAAGCAAUAACAGAGGAGUAAUAGGCAAAUAGAAGAAUCUGCAGUGGGCCCAUCAAGAUUUUAGUGCAGUUCAUCUGAAGUUUAAUUUGAAGCUUUUACAAAGUUCACUAACUUUGAACCCUCUAAGUAGGUUCUUCACAUCACUUCAUCUAUUUCCAUGUUCCGAGCUCACCAGGGUCUGGAUUUGAACAUUAAUCAUGGGGUGGAUUUUGGAGCAUGCUUACUGGGACAAUGGUACCGUGUACCACAAACUGUUUUCUGUGUCCUCAUUAUGAUUUUAUUCUUAAGGUCAAGGAAAUGAGCCAUUUAACAAUAAUAAUCCUCAUUAGCUAGUCCCUGCAUAGCAGUUUUUCAAUUGUCUCUGACACAAAAUGGCUUCUGAGUGUAUGAUUUUCAUUUAUACUUAAUGCCUCAGUCAGAUUUUUUAGUGUUUUUUCAGGUGCUUCAAAGGGCACCGAGUGGGUGUGCUUGAGGGAAAAAAAAGCUGCAUUUGCAAACAACAAUGUGGAAAUAAAACACUUGUUAUUUUGCAUGAUAACAAAACAAUUGUUCAUGUUUAUCCACAACACCAAGAGAUCCUCGACUUAAUUAGAUUAGAUUAAAUACAACAAGGAAAUAAAAAAGAAUAUAAUAAUUCUUGUCGAACUACGUGGCAACCUUAAUCAAACUUAAUACUGAUCUGACACAUUUCUAAAAUAUCGGAUAAACACACUGCAGGCCAGCUCAGCUUGCGUCUCAUAUUCUCUCAUCUCUUUUUGCUCUUUCAUAGAAACGCCUCCCAAAAGGAAUGUGGUGGAAACGACUGAGUGUUACCAAGGCAGAGGAGAGGGCUACAGGGGGACAGUAGAUGUGUUGCCCACUGAACUGACGUGCCAACGCUGGGACUCCCAGUAUCCCCAUAACCACACAUUCAUACCCGAAGCCUACCCCUGCAAGUGAGUCACACUCCUGCUUAAAAACAGCCGUCCACACGUUCACCCACCUGCAUGCACUUAUACACUCGCAGAUUACUGCAUGACUUUCUCUGUGAUUUCCAGAGACCUGAGAGAAAACUACUGCCGAAAUCCAGAUGGCCAAGACCUCCCCUGGUGCUUUACUACAGACCCGAGAGUCCGCACCAUGUUUUGCACCAACAUCCCUCAGUGUGGCGCCCCAAACAAGCCUGUCAGGGGUAAGGCACCCAACGGCUUUGUAUGAAAACCAAAACAGUGAGGGAAUGCAGAUUUCCCCUCGUUGCCGUCUGAACCUCAGAAUUAUUGAACAUUUUCAUAUUUUGUAGACAGCUGAAUUCACAUGAGACUGUGGCCGCGCACACACUGGCUUGUUGCUAUGUUUACUUAUCCCUAUGGAGAACUAUAGCCCAACAGGACUGUGGGAAGGACUGACCACUAUGCCUUACAAUAAUGAACUCUGACAGCAGCUGAACGUCAGAGGCUGUCUGGUCUGACUGGACAGGGAAAGAUGGGCUGGAAGGAUUAGUUCUAGAUGGGAUUCUUUCUGGGGUAGCAUGGGAUUUGAAAGGGAAAGAUGUAGAUCCACAGCUUAGUACACAAAUGUAAAUUUCCCCAGGGGUAUCUGAGGGAACGUCUUUGAAAUUACAUAGACUUGCAUUCCUUGAGGAUUGAAAAUGUUCCCGUAGAGAAAGGUGAUGAUUCAAAUUCUUGAUGUAAAGCUGACUUCACCUAUUUCUGUUAACCAAUUAUUACUGUGAUGAUGCAGGAAACAUGAUGUUUUUAGUAUAAUACUUCAUAUUUUAUGUGUGGAGUACACUGAAUUUGUGUCUUAUUCCUUUUCUGUCCAUAUACAGACUGUUACGAAGGUUUUGGAGAGAAUUACCAAGGAGAGCAGUCAAGGACAAGAUCAAACCUGCCCUGCGCUCCCUGGAGAGACCACAGCAACAGGUCCGCCCACUGGAUCUCUGCUACUUUCUGACCUAAUAACUUUCCCAAACUGCACUGUGAUAGACAAAACAGACCUGUGCCAUCAAUAAGCUGCAGAAAAGCACCCCUGUCUCAAAAAAAAAGAGAUCAAGAUGUCACACAACUCAACCACACGUAACUCUUCAGAGACAGUCUAACCUAGGGUAGAGACAUUUAAGAGCUGAAUAGGAUCAAAGGACACCCCUGACAAUGAGCUGAAAAUAUGCAAAUUUCACGGGUCUCAACAGGAGAAAGAUACUUUGAAUGCUUGUACAGCCUUAAAACACAGGGGAGAAUGUACUAAGAACCAUGUGUGUAAACCUGAGACGUAGUGGUUAGUGUGCAGAGGUGACCCAUCAUUGACCUCAAGUUAAGUCUCAUUGUCGUUAGCGGAUCAAGUCAGGCCUCUCGUUUCUCAGAGGAGAAAACGGCUCCUGUGGGUGCUGUGACUCGCCUCUCCAGCAUCUCCUAAUGGCUGGAGAAGUGUUUCCUUGAAGAUGACCUAACACAGCAAGAAUGACUCCCAGUGAUAGUUUGGCUGGGGGAUAUACACUUCACUCUUCACCUUUGACCCCCAAACUCCUCCUUUGUAAAGGAACACUUCAAAGCCAAUCAGCUGCACCGCUUUGCUCCUGCUCAGGGGUCAAAAAAGUCAGGGUUAGGGAGUCACAGUGAGCGCUGGCUGUUUUGCUUGCUGUUCGGACUAUAAUCCAAAAACACAAAUUUGAAAGACUUUAUAUCGCUGCGGUUUGGCACCUAGCAUUCCUCUUCUGCAUCUCCCUUUAUUAAAGAUUCUCCUCCUUGUAAGUCAUGAAUACAAUGUGGGAAAGAAUGUUAUGUGUGGUUUACGAUUCGUGUGAAAGUCUCCUCAUGUGUGGGAUAUGUCUGCAUGACUACAUGUAAGCAAUGUGAGUGUAGGUGGGUGCUUUGAGUCUCAGUGAGUAAUUCUCCGCAGAUCACCUUAUCUUGUCCGCAGAGACUGAGCCUACACAGCUGUGCAGUUUGGAUGGGUAGAUCUUAUCUGACAGAAUUAGUUCAGCUUAAUCGUUAUAAAGUGCAGACAAAUAGUUUUUCUUUUUUUUUUUCAUAAGAAGCCAAGUCAUUUCCUGUAAGAGGGGAAGGCCACAUUUUCUCUGCAAAUUGUAUAUUCUGCUGAGUGAAUGUGGAUGGCAGAAUUAGUUACUGGAUCUUUUGUGCUUGUGUGUACGUUCAGUGGCGAAAGGGGCAUGUUGAUGGCUGGCCUGGAGGGAAACUACUGCAGAAACCCUGAUAAGGACAAACACGGCCCCUGGUGUUACUCCAACAAUUCUGCUAUUCCCUGGGACUACUGCAACAUCAAACCAUGUGAGUGCACACACAAAACCUCAGACAGUGCACACAAUCAUAAACAGAGGCACACAACCAGAGAGCACAAUCUGUGUGACUGUGUGAAAUUGAAAGCUUGUCAUACUUUAUUUUUUUAUCGUAGAGCGAGAGAGUGUGGAUUUGUUUGCAUUGGCUGCGUGUCCCGCUUACACACACAGACACACAUUUUUAUUUGCAGAGUGUAGAUCUGUCCACACUCGCAGGUCAGUGUGUGUCAGAUGAGAUUCACAACUCAUCCUGUAGACAGGGAAGGACUCCUCCUAACUAUUCCCACGUGAAUUUAGAGCCAGCAGCAUCACAACUGUGUGUAUGAGUGUGUAUACGUGUGUGUGUGUAUAUGUGUGUGAAUGUGUGAUUGCUUGCCAUGGAUCACUAAAGCGGGCAAGUGACAUUGUGUUUGCAUCAAUGCAACUGGUGUUCACAAUUACAUUAUAUAUAUAUAUUCAGCUGUUGAAAGACUUUAACAGACUUAAAUUUUACAACCCAUAAGUUUAGAAACUUCAAGUAAAGGCUAAUGUAUAGUGAGCAAAUUACCCCCCUAACAUGAAGAAAGCGGGACCUCGUCUCACCCUAAAGGGAUUCUAAGCAGCCAUUCACUAUACAUUAUCUGGCUUAUGACCUGGCAACCAAUGAAAGACCAAAAACAGGGAAAUAAGGAGUAAAGAUUGCCUGAUUUUAAAGCAAUUUACUGCUUACAGCUUAAAUAUAGCCUCUUAGACUCUAUGGUCUGUAAUGCCUUAGUGGCAACAGCCGACUUGUUGGGUGAAUUAACAUUUAUAUGAAUGGAGUAUUUCAAUUUAUAGUGAAGUGGAAAUACGAGCUUCGUUAUUUGACAUUGAUGACAACAAAAUGAAGAUUACCCUUUAAGGGAAAUGUAGACAAGGUGAACUGCAUAUUUUCUGCUGACAUUCUUUUGUCCCCAUCUAGAAUUCCAUCUUUUCAAGUUUUUACUUUCUAAACUCAAAUAAUGUUGUAACUUGCUAUGGUUAUAGCCCUUUAAGGUUCAAGUGACUUUGCAAUCACCAGGUCUGAUGCCAUUGCCUGGAUUGCAGGACAGGAUCUUAAUCAGCAUUUUCUGAACUGAGAUGGGAACUUGUACUUCCUUAGUCAAAAGUUUUGUGUCUUCCAAAUAAGUCAUCAGUAAUAUUACAAGUACCCUAUAUGGUAUUCAGCCAACCAAUGUAGAAUAAAAACUAAUAAAAACUAACAGCCUGUCUGAAACAGCAUACAUAGGAAAUAAAGGACUAAUCUUUUUUAAGGGGUUUUGCCAAUAAGUAUCAAGUACCUAACAUAGUUGAGCAACAAAACAAUUGAUCUGUCAUGCAUCUUGUCCACCUGUUGUCCAUUUAUACUGUAAUUCAGUAUACGGUUAUACUGUUCUGUGUGUAGAGUAUUAGCGUAUAAGAGAAAUGCAAUUAAGAAUUAAACUUGGUGUGUAACAUGAUUGUUCACACUACAUUUCAAGGUCAUUACAAUUAGUAAAGUGUUUUUAAAUUGUAUACAAAUGAAUUGAAAUGCCAACCAGGAACCACAAUAAGGAAAAUAGUUUAUCAAACUUUAAAUUCAACUGUUGGAGUUGCAUCUUACUGACCAGAAAAAAAGCCUUAACCUCUUUUUUUUCCCUUCCCUUUCUCGCCUCUCAUCUCUCCAGGUAAUGCUUCAGAGAAUAACAUUCCUCUGGGUGAGUGUUUCUGUCAGUCUGUUUGUCUGUUUGUCUAAGUUUGCAAGUGGCUCAGUUGCUGAUCUGUAUUUCAGAGCCUGCAAGCUGUGCUGUUCCACAAUCUGAUGAGUCUGUCUCAUCUGUAGUUCUUAUUGAACAUGAUGUAGCACAUUAUUUUGUGGUUAUAUGUUCUGUGUAUGUAUAAUGAAUAAUGGAGUGUGGUAACUCAUACUAUAAGGUAUUAACUCUUCCAUCACUCAACAUAAAGAGUUCAAACUACUCCUAUGUGAUAUGUAAACACUGUCUAUAACCAUCUUAAUAAAUAGCAUCAUCAGAUCUGUUAUGUUUUAUAAACUUACAAUGAUUGUGGUGGAUCAUUUGGCUGCUCAGUGCCGCUUGUAUAAACUCCAGUUCACCGUUAAAUUCAGUAUAUCUCUGCCGGUGAAUGCUUUAUAUCAAAUAUAGACUGUUGUGAAUGUUCCACUGAGAAUCAUGUGUGUGUUUGUGUGUGUUUGUGUUUGUGCAUUUCCAGGUUUCCAGGACUCCUCUGUGGGGUGUUUUAUCCAUAAAAGAACCAGGAUUGUUGGAGGAGGUCCAGUGGGCAUAUCUGAUGGCAGCUGGAUGGUCAGCAUACAGAAAGGGUAUGGUGGUGCAUUCAAUAUUUUCUGUGUUUUUUCUCCUUCACUGAAGGAGAACGGUUGGUCCCUCCUGACUUGAAUUCUUGAGAAAUUUGGAGGGGAUAUUUACUUCAUUUUUACUUUCUUCUAGUAAAAGGUUCCUCUGUUGUUUCAGUAGACUUCCCAUUGUUCUCAAUGGCCCAUGCAUGGGAAAGUUAAAGAUAAAUAACUUGCUGGGAUUUGUGUUUGCUGAUUUGACACUUGCAGCAUUAAUGCUAAACUAACUGGGCAUAAAUCCUAAUUAUCAAAGUGAUUAAUCCAACUCUCCUUAACAAAUGCAUUAUGGAACAAUCCUUAAGUUUUUACACACCAAUACUUUUCAAUACUGUGUGCUUAAAAAUGAUACACUCACCCUUUUUCAACAUUUGAUAAAGAAAUCAACUCACUAAAUUCCAAAAACUCUACCAUUUAUAAUAUAUUUUUAUUAACUUUUAGUAAAUAAGGAGUAGUUGCAACUUCAGAAUAACAUUCCAAUAACAUAUAUAAACUAUUAACCUAUACUUAACAAGUCAUUACCAAGUAAGUUACUAAUAUCUUUUUCAUGAUCGAUUACUAAUUUAUAAGCUAUAGUUAUAAAUCAUAAACAUACAGUUAACAAGUCAUUUAUAACUCAUUAACUAAGUUUAUUCAUGAUAUAUCAACUAUCUAUAAGGCAUCAUUAUAAAUCUUUAACAAACCGUUAACACACACUUAAGUCAUUGUUAACUAAUUAAUUACUAAUCGUUAAUUAAUUACUAGUUUACUAAUAAUCUAUUAACUUGUUAUGAUGGAUAGUUAUUAUAAAGUGUUAUCCAGAUCUCUUACAUAAAUGGUUUCAUUUUCAUUGGUAUUGAAUUCAGGUAUCAUGGCAACUGUAAAAUGGUGUUGGUUGCUUUAAACACAGUUUGUUCUGAAUUUACUCAAGAAAUAGGCAGAUAUAAAGAUUUACAUAUGCCUCUUUAUAGCAGUAUUUAAUGUCUCACAAGGUACAAUCACAGUGCUUCAGAGCCUUAGCUUCUUUUUUAUGGAUUACCAAUAUGUUUUUUUGCUGUCGUUUUUGUCCCUUCAGAUCUAUGCACUGGUGUGGAGGUUCUUUGAUAAGGGAGGAGUGGGUGCUCACUGAUAGACAGUGCUUCUCCUCAUGGUAACUAUAUCACUCACUAUCUGUUAAUAUCACCUCAUUUCCUUUGCUUGAAACUUUAUGUUCUUUGAUACCCUCAGUGAAUUAAAUGUCUUAUUUAUGUCUUCAGUUGAUAUGUUUUUCCACUUUAUGCAAGAUUAAGUCCCUAACUGACUCUAGAAUAUAUAAUGCCGGGUCUGCUCAGUCUAAGUUUGCAGAGAGGAAUAAAAGUGAAAUAGUUUAUUAAGUAUUUACUCUUCUCUUGUGCCUGUAAAGUGUUCCAGACCUCAGCGAGUAUCGAGUGUGGCUUGGAGUCUCAGAUAUUCAAGAGGGUGCUCCUGACUGGUCUCAGAGGCAGGAAGUCAGCAUAGCUCAUGUGAUAUGUGGCCCCGAGGGCUCCAGUUUAGCCCUCAUAAGACUGUCCAAGUGAGUACCUGGAACGUAAUCUCCCAGAUACGCUUAUGCAUGUUGGUGUGUGUGUACUUUAAAUAACAUAUUAACUUUCCGUGUUCAUUCAAAUUAACCAGGCCGGCACUUCCAGCAGACAACGUCCAUACGAUUCAGCUGCCUGUGGCUGGUUGUUCGAUACCAGAAGGAACAAUAUGUAAAAUGUACGGCUGGGGAGAAACCAAAGGUACUGAUAUCAAAUAUUCUUCAUUAAAUACAGAUGAUUUAUUUAUAUCUCCCGGCAGGUUUGGAUUAUAUUGGAUUUCUCCUGCAGCAGUCCUGGAUUAAUCUGUAUAAUGUUUUCAGAAUAAUAUGAGGUAGAAAUGUGAUGCAUUCUCUUCAAAUAACUGUCUACUGCUUAUCUAAGCACUGUUUCCAAACCACAGGUCAGGUUGAAAGUUUUAACAUAUCAUGAUUUCUGCAUGGAUCAAUUAGCCCCAAACCCUGACACUAAAACAUGGCAAAAACAUGAGAUCCACUGAUGGUGACACACUGGUGUAUCCCAUUCUACUACAAAUGUAGAUGCUGUAAAGUGGAACCUGUCUCCCUUUCAGGCACUGGGCAUGAUGACUUAUUAAAGGCAGUCAACCUUCCCAUCAUCAAUAAUGAGAGAUGUCGAGAGAUGCACCGAGGCAACCUCCACAUCACCAACACCAAGAUCUGUGCGGGAGGCAUAAGGAACGAGGGAGUGUGUGAGGUAAACUGUGACUUGUUCUUUUCCUCUUCAUAGUGAAGUGUCUCAGCAUUCACACAAAAGGCAAACUAUCUGUUUAAGUGCUUUGAACAAAAAGUCCACAUCUUAGAUUCACAUGGUUUUGUCCUUGCUGGUAAAUAAGAACAGAGCUUUAGACCUUUAGAGCAAAUAAAAGUCCCCUUUGAAUAUACUGGAGUAUUAGCGCCUUGGUUCAACACUCAAAGCUCAGUUUGAUUCACAUCUCAAACACAUGUUCUUUGAAUCCGCGGGCUUAGUAUUCAGCAUGUAGAAAAUACAGCAGCUGGAGACUGUUGCACUACAUUUCAUCAGCGAUCAAAGCCUUGCAUUUGUGGUUUCUAGCUUUGCAAGAAAGCUGUCCAUGUUCGCAAAUAGUGGCGAUGCCAUCUGUCACAGAGAGAACACUCUCUUUAGAUGUGAACACUCAAUAAUAACCACGCAUCAACAAGUAACCAAAAAAAGAUGAUGCUCAUCUUUCCUUUUGCAGAGGGAUUAUGGAGGCCCUCUGGUGUGUCAGGAUGGAGACAUCAAGGUCAUUGUGGGAGUCAGUGUCCACGGUAGAGGCUGCGCCCGGGCCAACCAGCCGGGCAUUUUCAUCAACGUGCCCUUCUACACGCAGUGGAUCUACAAGGUCUUCAAAUAUUAUCCCAACCCUGAGAUCAUCUAGAGACUCAAAAAGGAAAAAGACACUCUCCAGUGACUAAACAAACCUUCUGUAAAUCUAUCAGUGCACUCAGGACCUGGUUUCUGCGUUGUUCAAACUAAGACAGCUCAUGGGUUGAUAUUAUUUGAACAAAGGAUGUACCCGGUAUAAAUGAUGGAUGAGGAAACACUGAGCUGUGAGAUUUAACCACAUCACAAUCAGGUCCAACACUGAGCCUGAGUCUUUCAUGAAAACUAAGAAGAGUAAAGGUUGAUAUUAUUCAUAUCAAACAUAUAGGGAUUGAAUUGUUAAAGUAGCAAAAGGUAAAAGAGGGGACAUUAAAAGCUGACAGUAAUAGGAAAAAAAGGAAUAUGUCUUUGGUUUAGUUGGGAGCAAACCAAGCAAACAAACAUUCAAUUUUAACCUUUUUUUUUUUUUACAAUCUUCUUUUGGUAGCAAAUUCACCCAAGUGGUAUGUGUGCAUGUGAAUACUCUUGAUUCCUGGCAUUACUUGAACGUUUUUGAACACCAAAGUGCAGUGGUUCAGUAGCUCCCUCUUUAGAGUACAUUAAUGGGACACUUAUAAACUAUCCAGUGGGACUUAGAGUGGAGCUCUAAGUAUUCUCGAGGGGCUCUGAUGAAGUGGUCCUUAUUGUAAAUAGUAUUUUAAUGAGUGUAUUUGUGACACUCUUAAGCUGAUUUGGGUCUUAUAGAUCUAUGACAAGAGACGUGAAUGUCAUGUUGGGCAGAUUGAUGAUGUACAGUGUAUAAUCUACAUUUCAGCUUUCAGCAGUGGGAACACCAAAUUGAAACUGCUUUUUUAGUAUUUCAAAACCACUGACUGUAUAAAAUAAAUAUAAUCUUUGCAGAUGGAAGGGAUGUUUAGUUAGGGAGGCCUUACAGGAUUGGAAAAAAAUGCAGGAAAUGUAACAUUUGAAAACUGAAGAUUUCCUUAAGCCCACACUCUAGAUUAAGAUGGGUGUGUUUGAAUGUGUGUGUAUGUGUGUGUGUGUGCGUAUUUUUUCUGCAGCAGUGUCAGUAUGCGAAAAGAAAAAAAAAAAAAGACAACUGUAGAGGGAGUGUGUCUGCGUGUGUUUGGACGUGUGUUGAAGCCAGAGCUGAAUGAAUUAUCCCCUCCCCACACUCAGACCUUGGCAGACCUCCAGUUCCAAUCCACUCUGGGUACCAGCGUCACAAAGUCUGUCACUUCAAACUUUGUCGAGGAAAAGAGGAGACGCUCUAUGUAACUGCAUUGUUUGUAAUGGCUGCUUCACUCAAGAUGACUGAAUAUCCAUUGAGACCAAUUAGCACAUCUCUUUUGGUGGUGUAAAUGAUCAAGAUGGCUUCUUACUGGAUCUGCAUUAUGUUUGUUAGAGUGGGAAACCAUGAGUGUAUGUGUUUAUCUGUUUAUAUGUGAGCACUGAAGUAUGCUGCAAGCUGCUAUAUUCUACAGGUUGUACGGUAAUGUCUUACACCUCUGUAUCAUGUACAUUCAUUAUAACUUUGAUGUCAUUUUAUCCUAUAUGCUAAAUGUUAAACCCAGUUUCUGCGAUUAUUUUAAACGUUUUACAAUGUCCGUCUCUAUAUUAAAUGUUUUUUUUAUCUACUAGUCCCUAAUUCAUUUCAUAUUUUAAUACCUCAUUUAUCUUUAAUGCUUUUAAAGUGUUUUCAAUGCAAAUGUGAACAGUUUCAUCCAGUCCUUCUGCCUGCUGUAUAAUUAAAUCAAGACUGUUAUGCUCCCCUACCAGGAGAUGGCACCACAGUA